AUUGAUUUUUUUUCCACAAAGAAGAGAUUUUCUGGCGGUCGAAAUUCAAAAUCGGAGGAAGAAACCAACCAAAAAUGGAGAUGCUCAAGUUGUCAAAAUUCAAAUUGCAGCUUCAGUCAAUGAUCGGAGAAGUGCGAGAUCUGCGUGAAAGGGAGCGAUCAGUCACAGAUCACAUUACUCUUGCGAAUCAGAAACAGAAGCAAACGGAGGAGGACUGCAUCAGGAAAGUGCAGGAGCUUCAAGCUGAUUUAGCUUCUUCUAGAGAAACACAGGAGGCACUCGAGAGAAAGGUGAGUUAUCUUCAGAACGACUAUAGUUUGCUGGAAAACAAGCAGAGUGAAUUGAAGACAACUAUCCAAAAUUUGCUUCAAUCGCGAGAAAGUUUCUUAAAUGCUUACCAGGAGUCGUUUUGUGAAAUGAAGUGUUCAAUUGAAGCCAGGGAUAGGAAGAUUCUCAUGCUACAUGAGAAGAUAACCUCUCAUCUUACGUUGUUUGAUUCAAUUGAAAAAGAGGCAUCAGUAAUUAAAAAGGUCAUACAUGAAGUUCAGGGCCUUGUGGAUAAAAAAGAAGAUGUAGUGACUGGCUUGAAAGAGAAAAUGGACCAUGUCUCUACUUAUGAAAAAGUGUUUAUAGAGAACAUCAGAGCGUUAGAAGAGAAACUUAAAUGCCAUGAAACAGAACUGCAGAGCAAGGAUAAUAUAAUAUCAGAGCUCUCCGCUCAGCUGGAAUCAGAAAAGAGUAAAAAUGAACAUCAACAUCAAGUCGAAGAGCUUCAGAAAACUUUGCAGGUCAAAGAUUUAGCUGUAGAGAACUUAAUUUCUGAAAAAGAGGCAUUGUAUUCUGAAAUGAAGGGUUUGGAGAUGAUUUUACAGCGGAUUCAGGAGUCUGUAUCCCUUAUGACUGAAGAGGAUAGAAAGGUGUUUACAUCAAUACUGACAUUCGAACAAGGUUCCGAUGAGAGAAACAAAAGAUCCAGGUCUAUUAAAUCACUUUUUAAAUUGUUUAUGUCUCUGUACUGAUUGAAGGGGAAAUAGAUUGCAUCCCAAUUGUCUUAAUAUGAUAUACUCUUUAAGGUUGUACUUUGGAAUGAACUAGAUCGGUUUUCUGUCUCAAUUUGAGUAACAAUAUUCCCAAAUCAAUGCUUAUCCCUCUUUGAUUGGCUAACUAGGCACAAUGACACAGUUGACAAAAUGGAGGAACUUCUAUAUGUAGCUCCUGUUAUGCAUUCUCAAGAAAACUCAGGUCUGCUGUUUUCUUUUGCUGUGUUGUUAUUUCCUUCGCGUAGAAGAACUAAAUAUCACCAGAAACAACAUAAAACCAUAACAUCUUCAGUGUAUAAAUCUAUGUAUUUAAUGGAAACAAGGAUUUUCUUCUAAGAGAAUCCCAAGUGAAGGUUUUUAACUGACCUGCUAUGUAAAAGUGAGAAACGUUGAUCAGUUACAACUUCACGCAAACCGGAUUCUCAGUUACUUCUUUUUGCAGUAAAAGUUAUUCCAUCAGCGUCUCCAAGGUGUCAGCACCAAAAAACAGACUGCAGAUCGAUACAAGAUGAUGAUCAUCAACUGGAUUCGGCUGAGUACCUGCAGCAUAACACUGUCAGUGGCCAUUGGCAGAGUACUAAUAACCACAACCACUUUGAGCUUGAGGACAAGUACAAAGAGUUGAUGAACCAGCCUGAUUCAGAGUGCUCAACGAAUCGAGUUUAAGAGUAUUGAAAAACCGACGACAUUGGUUCAGUAAAUAUCACCGGUAAUGCCUUUGAGCUUUUAAGUUUGUUGUUUAUGGUCAUAAUUGUGUUUGUCUCAACUCUUAGGUUAUGAAAAGAAGAUAGCCUUAUGGAAGAGAUAUGUAGAGGCUUAGCUAAAAUAUAACUGGAUCGUUCUAAUGACCAAUUCACGUUUCCAUUAAUAUAGUGUCGGAUAUUUUCAAAGAAACUCAAAGAUAGAAAAUAUUUAGUUCUUGGUUGGUUCGAACCCAAUUUAUGUGUUAAAACCUUUUUUAAAAAUUAACAUUUUUUCUUAGC